UUCAGCCGAAGAGAGGUGGGAAAAUCAAGCUAGAACUUGGUAAACUAACCCCAUAGUUCGUUGGGCUAGGUCAGUGACCGCAGUAGAACGCUGCAGGACGUCAUUGGCAUCUCCAGUAGCCAGCCUUACUGCAUGAUUCCGCCAGUUCCCUGUAACUUUUAUUCACGAGGCCGUGCGCUGCAGCUGACAAGAAGAUUUGAUUGAGAAGGUCUCCGUGGAUUGCUCAGUCUGGUCUACAAACUGCUGACUACCAUUAUGGGCUCACCGUCGUUUCUCAGGAGGACUACCGAACUCGUCGUGCGUUCCCUGCCGGGACUAGUACUGACCGUCUUUUUGCUGGAGAAGACGGUCCAGCUGGCCGCUGAUGUGAUCGAAGCCGUCAUUAGCCGAGGGAAUGUAGCAGCUGGAGGGCCAGAUCUCGGUCAGAUUCAAAAGGGGCCCGAGGGCAAGGAAAGUGACCGUGGAGCAGUGGAAAGGGCGGGGAAACGGGAUCAGUCUGACAGGACGACUGAGGUUGCUUUACUAGGGAAUGAAACCCAUCUGAUUCAAGCUGCUCAAGUUGCAGUUAAACUCCUCAGGAAGCUUUGCAACUGGCUGCAGUCUUUGCGCGGCAGGGCGCCCUCUGCUCGAACCGUCAAGCUCCUUCGCGCUAGCAAGGAGGGCCAACAAGACGUGGUUGCCAGGAAACAGCCGGAUGAAGUUGGCCUGGUGACCAGGAUGUACAGGCGCGCUCUCCAAGCACCGACGGAAAUCUUGAAUAAUGCUGGGCUGACGGUCAACCUACCUGCCUCUAGAAACAAGCCAGCUGACUGCAGCCCAGUCGAGGAGAGGUCGACGGGCUCAUUUAGUAAGGCAGAGGUUGAGGAUAAAGACACGCUCCCUCCUCGCAUCAUCAUCAAGCCACUUAGCCGAACCAGCGCAAAGGCUCCUGCUGGUGGAACGCUGUCAUUAAGAAGCUCUGCCAACCGUCCCGCUCAAAACUGCCGAGCACUCCUCGAUGAUCAUGCUGUCCCCAAGACUUCUGCCGGCAGCACCGUCAAGUCGCCUAUACCGGUGCCUGUGAAGCCGCUGUCUAGUGAAAGACUUUCACCAGAUGUCACUGCCAAGACCCUUGCCAAGCCCUCAGUUGUGUCCCGAACCCAGGUCAUCUCUAAGACCUCUACUGGGAGUACCGUCAAGCCCCUUACCCAGGUCUCUUUGAAGCGUCCUACUGGUGAUGGAGGUCUACCAGACAGCACUGCCAAGCUCUCUACUGAGACGACCCGACUACUUCAAGAGUUGGUUAUCCCCAAGACCUCUGCUGGGAGCACCCUCAAGCCCCCUACCCAGGUCUCAGUGAAGCUUUCCACUGCUGAUCCCUCCCGAAUGCUCCAUUAUCAAGUCUUCUCCAAGAACCCUGCUGAGAGUGUAGCUCAGCCGUCGGCCUUCGCAAAGCCUCAAUCAUCCACGAUUUCCGCAGUGCAGGAUACUAGCAAACCAGACCUGAUGAAGUCAAAGGUUUUGGGGGGACCACCUCCUUCAAGCAUCACUGGCAUUCCUCCAGCUGAGCUCCUUCCUCGGUGCGCGACAAUGUCCCGUACCCCGGGUGUCUCCGAGACCUCUGCUAAAAGCACCGUGCUGCUUUCGACCACAGUCGCCGCAAGCCCACCCGUGAAAACGACUGUGCCACAGGCUCAGAACACCACCAAACCGGUUUUCCGUGCAACUUCGGAGUUGGGUGCUCCAGGAAACCCCAAAAUCUCUCCUUGCAGACUUGACAAGAGCCUGAUCCCAGCCUUAAACACCGAUGAACCUGACAAAGUGGAAACCAAAACUAAACGAGCAAGUGGCGACAGGCAGACAGAGAGCAUGGAGUCUUGGAAGAGAAGUGACGAAAAAAAGGUCACGUUUGCUACUCGUCUCAUCAAACCAGUAACUGGAGCCAUGGUGAAGGGGCCUUCUCAUAGCACCGACGAUGCUAGACCUCAAGUUAACCCAGAUGAUCAGAUCAGCUCCCAGAGUGCUUUAGCAAGCACGUUGACCCACAAGAUCGCUUCAGAUCUCUCAUCAACGAUCACGUCAGAUCAGACCACAACCAAGCCCAAUAUCAUUUCGGGGACAGCUCCCCUGGUUGCUGGCAGCAUCAAGCCAUCCUCCUACGGCAGCGGGAAGCCUGGAGCUGGCCCAGGUCGACUCGCGGGGUUACUGACCAAGCCUCCUCGCCUUUUCGGCGGUGCUGGGUAUCCUGCGGACAGCAUUUUCGAUACACCUACUCAUCGCAGCCGAAUGGUCCCCGAUCGGAGCAGCUUCAAGCUACCUCUUGAAAGCACCGUUUGUUCUGCCACAAUCACCGCAACGACCCCGCCCGAGAUCGGGUCAGAUCAGAGCACCACUCAGCCGCCAAGUAAGGCAGCAGCAGAGGGGGCAACCGGGAGGUCUCCUGACACCCCUUCUGAAGGUGAUACCAAGAUCUCAGCCAGGAGCACAGAUGACCCUGGUAAAAGUCACAAACAAAGCAAGCGACAAAUAUGGAAAAAAUGGAUAUCAAAAAAGAAGUAGGACUAAGUGGUCUGAGUUUUAAAAAAGAGGACAAAAUCUUCACACUUGCAUUUGGGAAAGAGAAAAAAUAGCCAACGCUGGAUGGUACCCCCACGAGAUCAUGUUUAAAUGUAAGAUUUUUAAAAUAUGCAACUCGAAACAUUAAAGUAUAAACUAGAGGAUGUCAGAAGUGAAAUCUUAGUCUUUCACCCUUUUCUGGUAUUCCGAUGCUUGUAAACUGUGAACAAUCUUACGUGCGCGUAGUUGUUUUGUAAAUCGUGCACAGGAAUAAAAUUAGACAAAUAACAAAGUGCUAUUCUUUUUAGUUGGUUUUGAAAUUUUGGACAUCAUUUGAAUCAGCACAUCACUGCACAAGUACUGCACAUCGAUAAUGAUUAGAAUUUAAGCAUUAAUUUUACUGUGACCUAGUCAUCCUUUGUAAAUUUAUUGAAUGCUUGUUUUCUGCGCAUUUUGUUUCUUUUACUUGAUACAAAAAAUGGCUUUCUUUUGGAGCUUUUUAUUACCAUAUUGUGCGAGAAUUUUGUUCACCUGUUUCAGUGUCGUUUCACGUUAUUUUUUUUUACUGUUUCUUUUAUUGCAAUGCUAUGUCCAUUUAAACCGUCACAGUACAUUGUCAUAGCAUAGUCAACGGAUUCUUGGUGUAGACGUGAG